AGCAGUACGCCUUUGAUGCGUCUAGCUGCCGCAAAUCUUAGAAGAAGAAGAAGAAACACCAACAUUACGCACAAUGCGCAGCCUCUGGUUGUGAACUGCAGAGAUUUAACUCCUUGAAGAAAUUUGAGAAACUUUCACAGCUUCAUUUGUUUAAAGAGCUUAAUUGACACCUUCAGUGAAGCCGUUCAUGAGAGUUUAAAUGCUGGGGAAUAUUCCCAUCUUCCCACAGCUGAAGAAGCAGCAAGCAGGAGGAAUUACUCCAGGAGAAACUACUGACAUACUAUUGGAAAGAUGGAGUUUGAGGAAGAACCCUGCAGAAUAAAAGAUGAAGAUACAGAGGAACAAACAGACUCAAUGGAAGCAAAUGAAGACAAACAGCAUCAGUUUCAAAAACCUCAUCAUUUCAUAAACAAAGAUGAAAACACCACCGUUUUACAGACUGAAAAGAAUUUCACACAAGAACAAACCGGAAUAACUGAAGCCAAAGGAUCUUUCAGCUGCUCUCAGUGUGGAAAGAGUUUCACGCACAAAUGUUACUUGACUAUGCACAUGAAAAUUCACACUGAAGAAAAACCAAUCAUAUGCUCUCAGUGUGGAAUGAGUUUUGUUGAUAAAGGAUGCCUAAUUGAGCACAUGAGAGUUCACACUGGAGAAAAACCCUUCACAUGCACUCAGUGUGGAAAGAGUUACAAACAUAAAUCAAAACUCAAAGUUCACAUGAGAGUUCACACUGGAGAGAAGCCUUAUACAUGCACUCAGUGUGGAAAGAGUUUUGUUGAUAAAGGAGGCCUAAACAUACACAUGAGAGUUCACACUGGAGAAAAGCCCUUCACGUGCACUCAGUGUGGAAAGAGUUACAAACAUAAAUCAAAACUACAAAUGCACAUGAGAGUUCACACUGGACAGACGCUUUAUACAUGCACUCAGUGUGGAAAGAGUUUUGUUGAUAAAGGAUACCUAAAUGUGCACAUGAGAGUUCACACUGGAGAAAAACCCUUCACAUGCACUAAGUGCGGAAAGAGUUAUGUAUCCAAAAUGUUUCUGAGAAAACAUCAGCUCUCUCACACUGGAGUAAAAUCAUUCAGCUGUGAUCAGUCUGAUAAAACAUUUGCUUCUGCAUGGAGCUUAAGACAACAUCUUAAUAUUCAUGCUGGUGUGAAGCCUCACGUUUGCUCUUAUUGUGGAAAGAGUUUUACACUACUAACUACUUUACAAGUGCACGAGAGUAUUCAUAGUGGAGUGAGAUCUCAUAUGUGCUUUGACUGUGGAAAGAGCUUUCUUACAUCUAACAGUUUAAAAAAACACCAGAGGAUUCACACUGGAGAGAAACCGUACAAGUUCUCACACUGUGGAAAGAGUUUCACUCGCUUAGAAGGCUUGAAAAUUCACAAGAGAGUUCAUACUGGAGAGAGGCCCUACCAGUGCUCUUCAUGUGGGAAGACUUUUGCCACAUCAUGUAAUUUACGGACUCAUAAGACAAAGCAUUGCCCAAAGUUGUCUAAGUGAGCAAAGUUCAUGUUCAUAUCCAUCACUUACAAGCAGUGGCAGCUGGUUUAGCCAGGGAAGAUAUAUUUAAAUAUAUAUUGCAAAAUAAUUACGAAAUUGCAUUAUUUAGUCAUACUAUUCGACUGGUAGUCAUGUUAGCACCUAUUAAAAAUCAAAACUGUAUUUUUGUGUGUGCGGGGCGCCAAACAAAUUGAUGUCUGUUAGGUCUGUAAACUUUUGAAACGCAUGUGUCUUGAGGCUGAGCUCUAAUUGGCUUGUUCCAGAUUGUCCUCAGAUCCUCCCACUUUUGAUCUUAGCCAGUCAUUGUUGUUGGUUUUAUGUAUUUUGGCCUCAUGUGAUUGGACCGUUCGAUUUUCAAAUAUGCGCAGUAUCUCUUCUGAGAUGAAAGCAAAUUUGAUUUUAUCUUUACAAAAAAUCCUUUCACAAGGCAUUCAAAUGAAGAAGAAAAAAAGAAGCUUGGAUGGAGUUGGCUAGCUGGAUGCGAUGCAAGUCAUGCCUUUUGUUUUCUCUGUUUGUUAUUUCAAAGUCUUGUCACCGAAUGUUGUGGGCAACGACACAGAAGCAAACUGAAACAAUGUAGUUUAACUCGAGGCGAUCAUCGGGGUCCAAGCACAACGGCUUGUGUAGAUGAUGCAGUUAUACAAUGGACAUGUCUCUUUUCAAGU